AUGAUGCGAGUACCUGUCACAAUGGGUGAGGCAGGGGUUAUUCGUUUAGUACCGGCGAGGAUAGAGCCGGCUGGGGAUUAUAAAACAUGGAGGGAGUUUGAGUUGAAGGCGCAGGCAGCAGAUAUUCGCCUCCUCGAGCAACGCUUACUGCAGCACCAGAUGCAGCAUAGUCAGAGCAAAUGGAUAACAUGGAAAAGAGCAACAUUUGUUCUCUUAUUAGCAUUGUUUUCUGCAGCAGCAUUUCGUCAUUUCGGUGGUGCUUUCGGAAAACAUAAACACGUAGACUUUCAUCUACCCAGCAGGGAACCACAGGAAAAAUUUGCUAUGGAGCUUCCUGCUGGGGGAGGAGAUGAACAGAAACAAGAAAAAGAACAAAUAGAUAAACACGAUCAAGAGCAUAAGGAGGAUGAACACGACGCGCUGGAGUUGAAAGAACAGCAGAAAGAAGAGGGGGAAGAGAAGGAAGAGGGGGGAGAACAGAAGCAAGAAGAGAAAGAAGAAAAAAGUGAAGAAGACGAUCAAGAGAAACAAGAAAAAGAGGAAAAGCAGGAGAAGGAAAAGGGAGAGGAAGAUGAGCACGAGAAAAAAGAACGAGACAAGGAGGAGAAACCAGAGCAAGAAGAGGGGGAGGAGAAGCAGGAGAAAGAAAAAGAGAAAACGGAAGAGGAAAAGGAGGAUAAACAGGAACAAGAAAAAGAGGAUAAGGAGGAAAAAGAAAAGAAAGAGGGGGAGCAAGAACUGCAGGAAAAACAGGAAAAAGAUGAGGAACAGAAGGAGCAAGAUCAGGAGAAAAAGGAAAAGAAGAAGGACGAAGAUGAGGAAAAGCAGGAAAAGAAGAAAGACGAGGAGGAAGAGAAGAAGGAAAAGGAAGAGGAAGAGAAGGAGGAGAAGAAGGAAAAGAAAGAAGACGAUAUAGAGGAGAAGAAGGAAGAGAAAGAGGAAGAGAAGGAGGAGAAACAGGAAAAGAAAGAUGACGAUAAAGAGGAGAAAGAAAGUCAAGAGAAACAGAAAGAGGGUGAGCGGGAGAAAGAUGAGAGUGAUGAGAAGGAAGAAGGGAAAAAGGAAGAAAAAGAAAGUCAGGGGGAGAAAGAAAAAGAGGGAAAAGAGGGAGAGGAGGGUGGAGAGAAGAAGAAGAGGGAUUCGUUGGUCAAGGAUCAGCAGGAUGAGCAAGAGAAGGAGGUAGAGGAGGAAAAGGAAAAAGAAAAAGAAAAAGAAAAGGAGAAAGAGGAGAAAGAGGAAAAGGAGGAUAAAGAGGAUAAAGAGGAGAAAGAGGAGGAAGAACAGGAGAAACGAAAGGAGCGUGAGGAUGAGGGUGAGGAGGAAAGGGAGAGUCAAGAAAAGAAAAAAGAAAAAGAUCGUGAUCAAGAGCAAGAAGAGGAGAAACACGAAGAAGAGGAGCAGCAGAAACAAGAAGAGGAAGCUGCAGCUCUCACCCAAAAGGAAACACCCCGUGGUAAAGGUCUAUUUAAGGAUAAAGGGAUAUUCAAAGAUAGAGGAUUCCUCAAAGAAAAAGGUUCACAUAAAGAGAAGGGAUCAUCGAAGGAUAAGGAGAGGGAAGCAAAGGAAAGAGAGAAAGAAACGAAAGAAAAAGAUAAGUGGAAAUCUAAAGAAAAAGAUAAAGGGUCACGAAAGGAAAAAGAUAGAGAGAGAGAAGCCAAAGAAAAAGAAAAGGAAGCAAAGGAGAAAGCAAAGCUUAAAGAAAAGGAAAAAGGAUCCCGUAGAGAAAAAGAUAAAGAAAAAGGGAAAUCAAAAGAAAAAGAAAAGGGAGAUUCGAAAGAUAAAGAGAAAGAAUCUAAGGAUAAAGAAAAAGGAGAAAGCAAAGAGAGAGAAAAAGGUUUCUUUAAGAUCGGUGGAUCAAAGGAGAAAGAUAGUAAAAAGAAAAGUUUCCGCAGAAGAGGAUCAUAUACAAAAGAAGAAGAAGUUUCGGAUAGUAAAAGCCAAGAAGAAGCUGCAAAAGAAGAUGCAACAAUAUCAGAUGAGGGAUAUCCAUCAGAGGGAGAAGAAAAAGGAGAAAAAGUGGAAAAUGAAGAAGAAAUACAACAGGGAGAUGAUGGAUAUUUAUCUGCAGGAGAAACAGGAGGAACAGAACGAACUGAAACAGCAACAGAAGAAACAGAAGAGGUUGUUGAAGCACCCACCACCACCACCACCACCGAGCAGUGUGAAAAAGAAACAGUGGAUUCCGUACUAGAAAUGUUGGCGCCUGUGUUUGUUUCUCCACAGCCACGAUACUCUCACCCGCGAGGAGAGAAAGAAAAGAUAAUAAACCAGGCAACAGAAGCAAUACAGCUUAUAGAGGAUCAGAGUGGAAAGGAGGCAGCAGAUUCUUUUGUUGAAUUACUAACAAGACCACAGAAAGAAGAACCGAAACAAACAUCAACAGAAAUAUUGAAAUCUAUAAUGCUUGAAAACACAAAACAAAAAGCAGCUUUAUCAGCUCUUAAAGCUUUCGAUGCUCGCCGCAGAAGAGAGGAAGCUCUGGCUCGUAUGCUAAUUCAAGAACAACUACAUCUUACACUAAGAGAUCACAUAGAAACGGGUUCACAGCUCCCAGCUACUGUCAGUGCGUUGCUAGAAAGCGGCGAAAUCUCUCUAAAUAUAGAAAAAGAAGAAGCCGUUUUGGCCGAAACUCGAAGAGUUUAUGAAGAAGCACUCACAGCAGAAACUGGAGCUCUGCAAGUGUUACAGUACGAUAUGAUGGAGCUGGCUGCGCAUCUAACUGUGGUAGAUAUAUUUGUACACGCAGAGAAUAUCCCUGCUGAAUGGAAAACAAAAGCACCCAAAUAUAAAGAUCUCGCUGUAGCUCUUAGUGAUGUUACUGGCCUAUUGAAAGCUGCUCCUGUGAAUGUUCCGGGUAUGGCUGAAACUGUUGUAGAUGCAGCAAAAGCAACACUAGGAAACAGAGCGAGCCCAGCUCAACGUAUAGUGAAGCUUUUGCAUAUCAUUGAUAUCCGCAGAAGAGCUAAUACAAGUUUAAAACAAUGUUUUGAUCCUCAAUUAGAUAAUUCUUCUGAAAAAAUGGCACAUAUCGCCAGAAGAAAAGCCUUUGAUCUCACAGAUAGAGCUGAAAAACUUCGACAGGAUUUUGCUAAUGAAACCAGCGCAAAGGGUGAUGAAAAGGAAUUACUAGGUUUGGAAGCUUGGUUUGCGCUUUUAUUAUAA